AUGAUCUCUUCAAAACUUGCUCAAGUUAUGAAUCAUUAUUAUUCAACAACUGAUCUACCAUUAGUAUCAUUUAAACCAAUGGAAAUGGGCUUUUGUCUAGCUCGUUAUUCAGUUGAUAGUCGAUGGUAUCAUACUCGAAUAAAACGAUAUAGUUCUGAAAUAACUGUUGAACUUGUUUAUCUCGAUUAUGUUGUUUGUACAGCAUUUGAGUUAUUACUAGCCAAUAGUGAUAAUAAUAGUUCAUGGACAGAAAAAGCUUGUUUUAAAUUUCAUGAAGAUACUUUAACUAAAUCACUUGAUAGAAAUGUAGCUAAAACAUUAAUUUGUUUACGACACAGUCGACGAGUAUCAUUUGCGGAAAUUGUACAGAUCAUUGAUCCUCGUCUUCAUCUCAAUGAUUAUAUUGUUUACAAUUUACCAAAAUAA